AGUAGUGAUGAUAGUGACUUUGUGCCCUCGGUAUUGUGCUAGGAACUUUACAUAAUAGCUCUGUAAUAAUUCUUACCACCCUGCAAGGUAGGUGAUACUGGUCUAUUUUACGGGUGAGGAAACUGAAUCAGUGAACUUACCCGAGGCCAUACAGCAGGUAAAUGGCAGGGCCAGGAUCCUGACCCAGGUCUGUAUAUGUUCCUUUUGCUCCACCACAAUGAAAAAGAUCAGUCUCAUUUUUCUUGUGACAGAUGGUGGUAAAAGGGAGGCGGCAAUGUAGAUUUAAAAAAAGUAAAAGGGUAUGUAAAACUGGGAUUGUGGUAUACCUUAUCCCUAAUCAGCUUGAGAGGUAUAUAUAAGAUUGAUGAAGGAGACUUGUAAAUAUGUGUUUCUUUUUAAUUAAAAUGUAGAACAAACCAGGAAAGUUACUGCAGGAAGGAACCGAAUUGUUAGAAAGGCAUUUAUUAGGCUGAAGGGCAUUUGAAAAAACACAUCCCAUGUAGACUCCAGCCUCCUGAACCAUAAGCAGUUAGUGACUGUCCUUCACUCCGCACUGCACUGUGCUGCCUCUGCUGCCGUCCUGUGUGCCCACAGCGGCCUGGCCUCUUGUCCCUGCAGAAAUGCUGAUGUCCUCCCGGUGAUCGAAGGACUUACUGUAGGUGGUGCACUCUGAGAAGCUGGUCAUGGGAGGCUUUUUUAAGAAGAUAACCUGGCUGUUUGCUCUCCCUGCGCCGCACCCCCCCCCCCCCCCGCCGCCCCCGCCAGUUAACCAGUGAGCUGGGCAUUAAGAUGGUGUUCUUCUUCUGGGGGUAGUUGUUAGUAUGAGCCAGACUACCAAAUCUGGAUGUUGUUUUUUCCUUACCAGUCUCUCUACCCCUAGCUAUUUAAAGAGUAUUCUUAGGAAGCAUCUGCUUAAUACUGCUGCUGGUCACCAGCUACAACUCAGCUUACCCCUCACUGAGGGUGGUACUAAAGCUGUUCACACAGAAAGUGAGUCUGGGUCGGUGAAAAACAGCAUUUGGGCAUUUAAAUGCUAAAAAGGAACCAAAAAACCUAAGGGGGCAGCAAGCACCUUGCAAGUCUACAAUCCAAAGUUGCCUCUUUGAGACAGGAGGAGAGAAGCACAGAGCCCCUAGCUCCUGAACUGAAGAUCCAUGAAACGGGAGGGAGUUGUCCCAGUGGAUUGUAUGUCCCCCAUUUAGGAGUUACCUUUAAAAAGGAAGUGAAAUAAAUCUGACUUAAUAAUUGUGUUCUGACUCAACUUCUGGGUUUUUGUGUCAAACUCCAUGGUAAGAUGAUAGAUAAGAUAUUAGCUACUGCCUUCGCCGUCCUCUGAGCACAAUAUCGACAGUGCUUGGUGAAGUGUCUUACCAAUGAUGGCUAUUGUGGCUUCAGUCUUCCCUCUGCAUUGGCUGACUUACCUUUUCUAGACUGAGGAUGAUUCACAUUUAUUAGUAAAAAGGAUGUGAAAUGUCUCAGGGAUUUCCUUUUGGUGAGAACCACAGACCACCUGGAGAAGAGUUGGAACUUCUGGAUUACAGGUUAAAAAUGGCUUUAUAAUUUUCACUUCCUUAUAUAUAUACAUUGAGAUUUUGCUCUGCGGGUCAGACAAGUCAAAUAACACAAAUUUAGCCUCACUUUUCAUCCCCCAAAUAAAUCAGAAUUAUGCAGACUUACCUGCCUCCUUCCAAAGAUGCAAGGAAACUAAGCCAAAAGGUGAAUAUUUUGGGGGAAAGGAAAAUAAAUAAAUGAAAGCAAGGCUCAGUGUGUCACUGAUUGCAAUUACAGUGUCUGCUGCUGAUACAAAAAUGUGUGUACAUCUGCAAAUACAUAGCUACUCAUUGCACACACAUAAAUCUUCACACUUCUAGCAGUGCUUACCGGAUAGUCUUAAAGGAUUUGAGUAGGCACUGUGAUGAAUUUUCACAAACCAGACGCAAAAGAUGCAUUAAUAGCUCCAGGGGACAGGGUAAGGAAUAAUUCAGGAAGAUGGAGAGGUUUAGCUAAAAUAUGUCAGCCAGGAAUUUCGGCAUUUGAGACUCUUCAUACUAUGUAUGUAUGAUAGACAAACACUUCGUUUUAUAGUAACAGUGUUAGAAGAGCCAGGUUCCUGAAGGCAAGCAGCACAAUUCACGGAAGUGCCUACUACAGAAAUUUAUCAGAAUUUCAAGCUUCUCCACUGAAAAAAUGGGCGGGCAAGAGAGCAGAUUUGAAAGGUGACAAACCACUGGCAACAAUUACAAGGCCAGGGUCAAACCAGUGGUUGAUUAGGGACGGGUGACUUCCACAGGAGGGAUGAGAUGUGUGUCGCCCCCGGGGCCGCAGCUUCACGGGGAAGGAUACUGGGUCCGGGUUCCUAUUCCUGCUGGGUCAGACGCUGGCUCGCCCCCACCUUAUAGGGACGCCCAAGGCCUCACCAACAUGGCGAGCGUCGUCCAAGGCGCGCUCUGGUCACGUGCCGGGCCGGGUAGCGCCCGGGGCAGGAGGCGUGGCCUCGGGGGUGCGGCCUUGGCCUAUGGCGUGGGAGGGGCGGGGCCUCGGGGCCGAGCGCUCCGGCGGCGGAGGCUGCGGAUAGCUGGGCGCCAGCUCUGCUCUCCAGGACGUGUCCGGCUCCCCCGGUCGGGGGCGGCUCCCCGCUGCCGCCGUGCCGCGCUGCCCGGCCUUCGGUGAUUACAGGCAGGUGAGCACCCAGAGCCUGGGUUUGGGGAAAGGCUGCCUCAUUUUCCCACCUCCAGCCCUCUCCCCCGAUAGUUGGGGUAGGGGUCCCUGUCUUGAGCGCCUUGGGGAACAGCCCCUUUGACUUCGAUGUGUCAUCUUUGGAGGUAUCGCUACUGCUCCCUCCGCGGUCCCUCCUCGGCCUUUGCAGUGCCCUGUGCCCUUGGGUGUGAGAAUGGGGGCGAUGCCCGAUUUGCGGGGAGGGCGUGGAGUUUGCCCGUAGCUCCAUCAGCUUCGGGGAAGGGGGCUGAGUUGGCGAGUCUCCCUAUGGGAACUGGGUGGACUGCGCCUCCUUUUCCUCUCCAGGAGAGCCAGAGAAAAGCGCCUCUGAGCUCCUAAACCGGUUCCGCUCCUUUGGGUACGCUGGGGGCUGAGGUCUUCGCGCCUCCCGGGGGUCUUAAUCAUUACCUCGUUUCUCAUAACACCCCCUGUUUACUGUCUCUAGCUCUCCGUUCCUGGAACUGCCGAUUUCGGACGCUGCCAGAGAUGCCCCAUCUCCGCAGUGCCAGAGCGGUGGGGUGAAAGGAGUGGCCAACCUGAGGCCUGGUGGGAGUGGGGGUGGGCGCAACAGGAAAAAGGGGCUGGCAGAGAGAUUCCUGAACGGGAAGAGUGGGAGUGGGCAGCUUACUUUAAGCCACGCAGCAGGGAUGUUUUCCGGUCCGGAUCCUGCCGGUUUUGAUGGUGGGUGGGAAGAGAGAGGCCGGGUUGGAGGACUUGGAGAUGUGGUGUGGGUGGUUUUCUUUGGGAGGGAGGAGGGAUCCAGGACAAGGUGCCACUAGGUGCUGAUGUCAUCUUUGAGGAGCGGUGUGCUGGUAGUGUCCAUUAGAGCGGUAGAGGAGUUGGGCUGCAGUUUUGCUGCUCUGUGUGGGGAGCAGGUGGUUAAGGAGGAGGCCCUGCUUAGCAUGGAGAUCCCCAACUGGUGUGGGCUUAAAGGGGCCCCUCCAGGAGCCAGGUUGCAGGGACUGCCUUCAGUCCUUUGUAGAGUUGUUGGAACUGGCACUUAGAACUUUGCUUAGCAUCUAGCAAACUUUUAAUGGGCACCUGCUAUAUGCCAGACAGUAUUAGGUGCUGGGUCUUCUGAAGGCAAUUUAGGGGCAUGGGGCAACUGAAAGGUACCCCGUAUUAGGUACCCCUGUGUGUAACAUCCCCCGCAGCACACAAUUUUUUACAUCACUGCUGGAUUGGAAAAAGAAAGACAGAGCCUGUCUGCAUGCUGUCAAACAGUUGUCUGAACUGGAUUCCAGCUCACCUUUCACACCACUCUUAACUGGCCAGGUAGUCCCAGGGGAGGUGCUUUGGCAAAAAGGACAGUUGGAGUGAUUUUCCCUUGGUUAUUUUCAAGGGUUUUGUCCUGAGGCCUGAGGAGGCUGGAUAAAUGGUAUCUCAAAGGAAUGCGAUGUUGAAUAAGCUCCAGGGUUAUUGGGGGCCAAGAAUGCGCUGGAACCCCGCAUGGAGGAGUUGCCAUCUCCGGGAGAUGGCAGAGCGUGGGGGAGAGGGCGUGGACAGGAAAGCUCAUCCAGUGGUGUCUGAGUGCGUGCUGCUGAGCAGUCUCAUGAUGUCAGAGUGUGGCGUGUCUGCUCUCGGGCAGCUGGGUUGUCAGGAGGGCUUGGAGGGGCAGGGCCAGGCAGGGCAGGUGGCCAGGUUCCUGGGUCACCCUCUAAGUUGACUGCUGAAAUCUUAGAAAGAGUUGUCAGGGAUUGUUUGUGGGUCCUCCAAGGAAGAGAGCAGGGCUGGAGCUUGGGGAGAGGAUGAGGAGUCAGGCUGUGGUGAUGAUGAGGCAGGGGUGAAAGUUCAGUGGGGCCAGGGAACUGGGUGCUGUGCUGAGGGGCCUUUAAGAUAUGGGGGAGCUAGCCGAGACAUUUUUAUGCCAGGGAUACUCUCCCUGGGGCUUUAGGCCAAAUGUGUUGGGUCUGGUGGAUAGGUUGCCAUAGAAACAAGGUGUGGUGACUGGCAUGGAUGUUUGUGUGUGUUGUGUGUGGUGUGUGCGUGUGCAUGUGCUCCGAGUACUGGAGAGGGGGAGUUGGUGGGGAGUGGCAGGCCUGAGGGAAUGAAAGCUGCCUCAGAGUCUGGGUCCCAGGUACAGAGCUGGGAGAAUAGGAGAGAAGGGAGUGCGAUCAGAGGAGGGAGGGGCAAGUGUGUAUUGCAGCCACAUGAAGUCACCAUCUGUCCCCCACUCUGGCCUGCUAUCUCGUUGACCUAUAAUUAGCUCUGGAGGGCAUGUGGUGCUGGCUUGCACAAGUGUGGCACUUUAGGUGGCUGGCGGAGCAAAGAAUACUCUGAGGUGCUGUGGUACUCAGCAUACUCCGAGCAGGGCUGCUUUUAGGGGACCUCCAGCACUUCCUGUCCUGGGAGGGGCCUGAGGGAACUCAGAGUACACAGAGUACACAGAGCUGGUGGGGGGAAGAAGCUAUGGGGGAAGACGCUGUGAUCCGCGAUGGUCCAGAACUCCAGGGCCGGGCAGGGCCUAAGGAGCUCCUGCUCGCCAAGCCCCUCGUUCACCAGCCGUGCGUGAAGCAGGACUCCUGCCUAGCUCACUGCUCUGCUUUCUGAGAGGCUUGGCUCCUGCAGCCCCUGCACCUCCCUCAAGUGUCUUCUAGUCUCCCAGAUGAAGUCACUUCUAGCACAGUGCAGCUUCCUGCCUUCAGGAGUCAGGGGCUGAAAGGCCUUGGCUGGGCCACUCCAUUCUGAGAGAGCUGGAGGAGAAACUGUCACCGGUUCAUUCAGUUGGUCCUACUCCAAGUUAGGCUCAGCACUGACCCCAGGCUGUGCCAGGGGUGAGUGUCUGGUCACAAGCCACUCUGUAUUGCUCUUAAAGGAUUUGGUGUGUAUCUGUGUUUCCUCAAGUAGACAGUGAACUUCUUGAGGGUUGAGAUUGUAUAUUACAUGCCUUUUGUAUGCAUAAGGAUUCGUAGCUCAGUGUUGGAUUCAUGGAAAUCAUUUGGUCAGUGCUCGUUGGAUUGAAUUGAAUUGAAGAGGCCUGUCUUCUGGUCCCCUGGGUUCAACGAAGCAGGGCCUCUUUGCAACUAGAGAUAUUUAGCCUACAGCAGGGAAGUCUCUGGGAACCCAGUACAGUGGUGUCACACCUCGGUGGAGGAAUUAGGUUCUAUAAAGGCAGUACCUAAAGUGGAAACCCCUUAAGUCUCCCAUAAAGCAUAGCAUGCAGGUUUAGGUUUAUAACCCUGAAUAAUAGUUUUAAUGAAUGAAUAUAAUAUACAUUACAUAUUAAUUGUCUUUGUAUGUACGGUAUGCAUUAUUGUACGGUGAUUGAAAAAGAGUACACAUGCAAAGUAUAUUUAAAACAUAACUAAUCAUAUUAUGUGAUUAUCACAUUAUAAUAUAAUUAUAGUUACAUAUCAGAUAAAAUAGCUGGUUUGCAUCUAGAGGCCUUUAUGGUUUAUUUUGCUCAGACAGCACAGUUGAAUUCUCAUAAAUCAAAUGCAUUUCUGAGUGACUUUGGGACUAUUCUGAUAGUUAACUGUCAUUUCAAAUGGGAGAUAGAUUUUGGUUCAGUUUAAGAAACAGCUUCCUUAAGAACACUGGAAAGGGCUUCCUUGUUUAGUAGGGAGCUCCUUGUUCCUAAGGAUAAUCAAGACUGAACUGUGCAGCUAAAGAUACCAGGGAAAGAUUAGUCCAAAGGACUAAUGGACCACAUCUAUCACGGCCUCCACCAGACUGAGUUCAGUACAACUAGAUGGUGCCCGGCUACUGGCACUGACCGCUCUGACAGGGAUCACAAUAGAGCGUGCUGGACAGAGCUGGAGAAAAAUGUAGAACAAAAUUCUAACUCACAAAAAAAGACCAGACUCACUGGCCUGACACAGACUAGAGAAACCCCAAGAGUCUGGCCCCUGGAUACCUUUCUAGCUCAGUGAUUAAGUCACUCCCGAGGUUCACCCUUCAGCCAAAGAUUAGACAGGCCCAUAAAAUAAAACAAGACUAAAGGGGCGCACCAGCCCAGGGGCGAGGAUUAGAAGGAGGCAGGGACGGGAAAGCUGGUAAUAGGGAACCCAAGGUCGAGAAGGGAGAGUGUUGACCUGUCAUGAGGUUGUUAACCAAUGUCAUAAAACAAUAUGUGUACUAACUGUUUAAUGAGAAACUAGUUUGUCCUGUAAACCUUUUUCUAAGGAACAAUUGAAAAAAAAAAAAAUACUGUCAGAGUUGUUAUGCAAAGAACUCCCACACAGGACAGGGCUUCAAAUGCUGAGAACUUGCAUUUCCAUCCCAGAUAGACUGAAUCAGAAUCUGAAUUUUAGCAAGAUGCCUGGGUGAUUCUUAUGUACGGUAAAUCUUGAGAACCACUUCUCUACUAGUGGUUCUUAGAAUUGGUCCCUAACCAGCAGUGUUAUCAUCACCUGAGAACUUGUUAGACAUGCGAAUUCUCAGCAGGGGUUUGAACCAAACAAGUUCAAAGCUGUGCUCCCACACAGGUUGCAGAGUUAGUCUGCAUGACCUCAGAGAGCCCUUUGAACUAGGCAUAUGCAGUCAGGUGGGAGGUAGGGGGGGUAGGGUUGGGCCCCUGUAGAGGUGGACUCUCGCUUGGGUUAGAGGAGAGCUGCUGAGAGCUUUGGGUGGAGGGCCAGGCCAGUGGGCAUUCUGGGAGACCCAGGGGGUGGCCCCAGCCAUCUCUUAUGGACAUGAAACCCUGGGCCCUGGAGACCCUGCAGUGCAGCCCUGGUGGGUAGGGCCAAGUUCCUUGACCUUAGCUCACAUUAGUCCAGUUGUAGAAAAAAACCCAGUACCCCAAAAUUUUGACCCUUGUUCAGAGUAGAGCACCUGGAACAAGAAGAGUUUUCACUCUUUCAUUAUCCCUGUCCCUCGCCCGUCUCCCUCCUACACAGGUUCAAGAUCGCACAGGCACUUAAGCUCUCUCUGACCAGUGAUUACGCCGUCAUAGUCGUACAUACAUGCACAAGCUUGCAUGAUGCUCAUGUGUUUUUAUGACCCAUGUGCUCUCAUGAUACCCAAAUGCAUGCGCUUAUAUGACUACACACAUUCACUCUUAUGAUUGUGCACACGUGUGCACACACAGUCUCAUGACCCACAUACAUUCACUUUUAUGACUGCGCACACAUGUGCACACACACGCAGUCUCUUGACACACACACACAGUUCUCAUCCUGGCAUACACUCAUGACCACACACACACACACACACACACACACACACUCGUGACUCACUCACUCACUCUCACUCAUACACAUGCUCUCACAACCCCAUUCUCAUGACUAUAUUCUCUUUCUCUCCUUCUCUCUGACCACCACCCAUGUACACCACACAGCCUCAUGGCUGCACACUUAGAUAUUCUACUGCACGAAUACAUCAGAUCCCCCCUCCACACACACACAUUCUCCCAUUUGUAACUACACACUAACACACACAAAACACUUUUGUGACCACUUACGCAUGCACGCCUUUUAUGACACCUGCGUUUCUCUGGGAAGUUCCGAGUACUCUGGACCUUUCCUGCCCUGGCGCGCAACAGCACUUCCCUCUGGUGUUCUGAUUCCCCCGGGCAGUCCUGUUCUCUGGUAGGUGCUGGCUGCCUAAUGGGAUGGGCUGAUCUGCUGAAGCAACAACUUCUGAGCCUUUGUUUUUAGUAAACACCAGAGGACCCGGUUUACUAUUUGUCAUACAUGGAGCUUUAGUUUUGAAAGCAUUUUUUCUUCUUUUUUUUUAAUUGUACUUUAGAUGAAGGUAUAUAGAGCAAACUAGCUUCUCAUUAAACAAUUAGUACACAUUUAGUUUUGUGACAUUGGUUGCCAACCCCACGACAUGUCAGCACUCUCCCCUUCUCAACCUUAGGUUGUCGUUACCAGUCUUCCUGUCCACCCCCCGCUUCUAAUCCUUGCCCCAGGGCUGGUGCGCCCCUUUAGUCUCGUUUUGUUUUAUGGGCCUGUCUAAUCUUUGCCUGAAGGGUGAACCUCAGGAGUGACUUCAUUACUGAGCUAAAAGAGUGUCCAGGAGGCCAUACUCUAGGGGUUUCUCCAGUCUGUGUCAGGCCAGUGAGUCUGGUCUUUUUUUGUGAGUUAGAAUUUCGUUCUACAUUUUUCUCCAGCUCUGCCCAGGAUCCUCUAUCGUGAUCCUUGUCAGAGCAGUUGGCAGUGGUAGCCAGGCACCAUCUAGUUGUGCUGGACUCAGUCUGGUUAAUUUUGAAAGAUUUCUGUUCUUCAGAUACACCACACUUACUACUUUGUUUUUCCUUUUGCAAACGUUAUUUGAAGACAUAAAUAAAUGUUAACCAGUGGCUCUGAUUAGCAGGAGAUGGGUAGGGUCAUUGUACUUAAUGAUGUAAUUUCAGCAAAAGCUGUGUGCUAUGUUCAAAAUGUACAGCCUUAUAUCUUGGUUUGGGUUAAUAUAUGCUGUCUAGGGUGCACAAGGUUACUGUGCUUGUCUGCUAACCAAAAAGGUUGGAGGUUCGAGUCCACCCAGAGGAGCCUCAGAAGAAAGACCUGGUGAUUUGCUUCCGAAAAACCAGCCAUUGAAAACCCUAUGGAGCACAGUUCUGCUGUGACACACAUGGGGUCACCAUGAGUCAAAACUGACUUGAUGGCAACUGGGUUAUUAGACAUUUAGAAUAUGGAAAUAGUUGGUGAGCCGUGCAUGGUACCUGUGUAGCCCUCCCAAAUGUAUUGCUCUGUUGUGUGGAUUUGCUGCCUCUCUGAAAGGUGUGUUUAUUUUAGCAGGGAUCUUCUGUGGACAAUACUUUAAACCAGGGAUUUUCCAGCCUCUUCUUCGACUUGAACCCUUUUGUACAAAUACAAUCUUAAUCAGAUGUCUGGUAAAACUGACAGAUUUGGACUUGAUGGGAUUAUAGUAAGAAAAGAGAGAUAGAACCCUUUUGUAUCUGACUCAUCUCUUCCCACUUUUUGUCCCCAGACCAAAAAAAAAAAAAAAACCAGUUGCUGUUGAGUCGAUUUUGACUCGUGGCAAGCCUGUGUAUGUAGUGUAGAACUGCUCCAUAGGAUUUUCAAGGUCGUGACCUUUCAUAAGCAGAUCGUCAGGCCUUUCUUCCGAGGUGCCUCUGGGUGGGUUCAUAGUACCAACUUGUCAGCUAAAAGUUAAUCAUUGAACUGUUUGCACCACCCAGGGACUCCCCAGGCCACCCCUAAAGGUACACUAUCGUAAAGCCCAGCUUACAAAUCCCUGCCUUCACUGAAAGAAGCAGUAAUUUUGGCUAUUUUGGAAGAGGAGUUAUUUUGGGGUACACAGAGGCUUGUAGUUCUCCUUUUCCCACUAGGCGUUGACAUCUGUGCUAGUGAAGGUGACCACAUGGUCAGGUGAGUCCAGAACAGCCCCAGACUACACCUGUGUCCACAUGUAAUUGUUAGCAGUGUCACCAUUCACUCUCAAAAAGGUCCUGGUUUAGACAGUAAAUUUUAUGAUAGGCCACGUUUUGGGAAGAGAUGGCCCAUAUCUGUCUCCUGGGCAUAGCUGGAGAGAUGGGCUCUGUAGGCUCAGGCCCAGGGAAGCCUGUCAGACCAACAGAUGCCUCCUCCUGGGUCCGCCUGAACGUAAUGGGCAGUAGAAGGUUGAGUGGCCAGGCUGGCAGCUGUGAUCACCUGUGCUUAUUUAGCAUUUCUACUUCCUAAGACAGGUCCAUGUCCGUUAUCUCCCUUGACACUCAUGACAAAGGACAUGAAUAGAGUGGGUUAUGUGUCGUGGGCUUCAUUUUACAGAUUUGGGAACCCGAAGGCCAGAGAGAUGAAGUUUCACCGCUGAUCUCUUAGGGGAACCCAGAGAGCUGGAUGCUGUUGAGGAGACUUGUGGCCAGCAGUGAGAAACUGCAAGAAGAGCCUUUUCAAGAGUCUUUUCUCUGGGAAGGGCCUCCUGUAGCCAUAAUGGAUUUUUAAUAUUCUUAUUGUACCUAGAAUGGGCUUAGCCUUGAAGUGCUUAGGGAACCUAGGAUGCCAAGAGUCAACCUUACUGACUGUUUGCCAGGCACUGACCUAAACACUUUACAUAGGUUAACUCUGUUAAUCUUCACAUUGGCUCUCUAAGGUGGGUAGUGUUGUCAUCCCCAUUUCACAGACAGGGGAACAGACUCAGGUUAAGAGUGGCAUGAGUAGUCAGUAAAGGAGCCAGCACUCAGACCCAUCAGCCUGCCUCAGAGUCUGCCUUUCCAGAUAGGAGUGGCCCCGACUUGCUCUCAAGAAGCUUGCAUUUUCAGAGGGUACAAUAUUUCCAGGCCUCUUCCUAGGCCUUGAGCCCAUUUUUCCUAUUUUGGAGUUCCCCUUCUUUAAAGUUGACUAGGGAUGGACUUUGUAGAAGUGGCACCAACCACAUAUGCGUUCAGUUCCAUGUAUGUAGGACCUUGUGUUAGAGGGUUGGGGCUUCCAAAGAGGAGUAGGUUAUAGUUCUUACCCUGGAAUCUACAGAGGGGUCAACCUGGUGGAACAUAGUACCAUAAACCAAACCAAAAAAACAGUUGCUGUUGAGUUGAUUCUGACUCAUGGUGAUCCCAUGUGUGUCAGAGUAGAACUGUGCUCCGUAGGAUUCUCAAUGGCUGAUUUUUCAGAAGUAGAUCACCAGGCCUUUCUUUCAAGGUGAAUUUGAACUGCCAACCUUUUGGUUAGCAGCUGAGCGCUCAAACAUUUGCACCAACUAGGCACCCCAAGUACCGUAACCCAUUGCCGUCAAGUCGAUUCUGACUCAUGGUGACCCUAUGAGUCAGAACUAUACUAGAACUGCUCCGUACGGUUUCCAGGGAGUGUCUGGUGGAAUUGAACUGCUGACCUUUUGGUUAGCAGCCAUAGCUCUUAACCACUGUGCCACCAGGAUUUCUAAGUACUGUAAAGAGAGGUAUACAUAAACAGCCAUGCUGGUUCAAUGGAAGGACAAAUCUUACCUAUUAGGGGACUCAGAAAGGUUUCGUGGAGGAAGUGGUCUUUGAGAUGAACUUAGGCUGAUGAUGAAAAGUUCAUUAGACUGACAUGGAAAGGGAGAUGAGAGGCUGGCCAGGUGAGGAACAUGCUAGAAGAACAUGAGUGAUCAAGGUGGCCCCUGGAGCACGGCAAUGAGGAGGGCUAGGGAGUGGCUGUGGCGGAGGCUGGACUGGGCUUUUGGAAGAGAGGGUUAGUGAGGGCAGGUCUUCUUAGGGUGAUCAGCUGGACAGGGAGGGGGACAGGAGAGGAGGAGACGCUUCUGGGUCAGAGGGCAGGAGAGGUGGGCAGCCUGAGAGGGUAUGGGCUGCUGGACGACUUCAGCUCCACUGGGGGGGAUAGUAUCUGAGGGGAGCUGGGAGUGUGUUCUGCUUCUGUACUGGGAUGUAGGGUGGGGUGGGGUAGGAACUCGGUGGGUGGGGGACUGCUUAGACCUUGGUAAGGAGCCAGCUAUGAGUUGGGGGGUGGAUUUGGGUGAGUGGUGAAUGGAGCCUUGGAGAUAGGUCACUUCCUGUGGGGACAUGGCCAGUUCAUGGCCAUGAUGGCUGCUCUGCAGAGGCUUUCCCCCAGGCUAGAGGAGGAGAGGUAGAGGGUGAAGGUGAGCUGUCCUUGGGCCACCAUUACCCUGGAUGACAGGCACGAAGGGCCCAGCCUCCUAGGUUCCCUGGAGGAGGCAUGACGCCUGAAGGAAUCGUAGUCACUCUUCCUUCUCCUUCCUCCCCUACCCUUCUUUGGGGUCAGACAGACUGGAAUUGACUCUUAGUUUUUCUUCUUACUAGCUAUGUAGACUUGGGUACAUGACUUUGAGUCCCAGUUCUUACGUCUGUAAAAUGGGAACAAUUACAAGGAGUUGUGAGGAUUCAAAUACGUUAAUAUAUGUCAACUGACAGUACAGCGCCCAGCACGUGUUGAAUAUUGGAUAAACCAUAGCUGCUAUCAUAUUCAUUACACUUUCCAGGAUGGCCACCCCUCUCCCCAUUUCCUCAGGCCUUCACCCUUCCUCCAACUAAGCCUGUGUAUGACCCUCCUCCUUUUCUACCUCUGAGCUCUGAAGGGGCUCCCUCUGUGUGGCUCCCCCUUGGCCUGGCUCAUGGCCCACUCAGACAUGAGCACAGCGCCCAGCAGCUUUGGCCUGGCCCUCCGGCUUCUGUGGAGCUGGCAGCUUUGCCCUUGCAGAUCUUUCUGGUGGGGGCUGCCAUCUGGUAGGGCAGUAGGGAGCCUGGCAUGUGUGUGUGCAGCCAGCCAGGGCAUCAGACCCAUCCCUCCUGUCUGUUAGAAGAUGGGGGUGACUUUUAGGAAGCCAAAGAUGCCUCUGACUUUGCCUCUUCCCGUGUUUAUGAAGCCCAGAGACCUACUUUCCGCCGGAGCCCCUCCUCAUCGCACACACACUCACACCACUCCCUCUCGAGCCUCUUCCUCCCUUUCACAGCCUGCCCACACUGCUCACUGCUGUAGGGCCCCUGGAAGUGCUUGCUUUGGGGGCCGACAGCUUUCGCCUCUGAAUCAGGACCUGUGAGUGUUACUUAGAAGUUGUGCAGGAGUUGAGGAGGCUUCUGCUAGGCUGAGAUGAUAAUUGUGCUAUUUAAAGACAGCCCUGGAGCGAGCAGGAGCCAGGUGUCCUGACGUGGCUGCCCUGGAGCUCCCUUCUGCCCACUGUGCAUGGGGCGGGGGUAGGAGGUCCUGGCCAGUUAUCUCUAGGGCAUCUGCCUGGCACCCCUCUCCAGGCUGAUCUUCAACCUGCUCAUCGUGAUGCCAUUUGGCCAGAGGAAGUGGAAUUGCUACCUGGCACUUGGCUUGGAGGGAGUCUGGGGAAGGGCUGGUGGCACUGAAGGCAGCUUCCCAGCUGCCGGAAUCACCAGGUGACUCAGAGGUGAAAGCUGCCAGCCCAAAGCAAGCACUUGCAGGGGCCCCAGUGAGGAGCGUGGGCAGGCUGUGAAAGGGAAGAACCUCCCAAUGGGCGGCCUGAGGUCCUAUUUUCCCUCCUGAAACUUCCCAGCUCUUCUCUUGUAGGGAGCUUUAAGAACUCCACACACAGGCCCACCUUUGUUCAACACUGAGGUGAUCCAUAGAAUAUCAGUUGCCGGUCAAGUCCACCCCAACUCAUGGCAAGCCCGUGUGCGUCCGAGUGGAACUGGGCUUCACCGGGUUUUCAAUUAUUUUUUGGAAGUAGACCACAGGGCCUUUCUUCUGAAGUGCUUCUGGGUGACCUUGAACCUCCAGCCUUUCGGUUAGCAGCAGUGCGCAUUAACUGUUGGCGCCACCCAGGGACUCCAAGGUAAUCCAUAUUCCCCUGCAAUUGUAGGAUGCUUUCUGUUUUUCAAAGCUUUGCUCAUCCAUGGGCUUGGCCCUCUAAGAUGGCAAAGCAGGGGUCAUAGGUUUCAUCUUACAGCAGAGGCCUUAGUAGGGUGGCCAGCCCACGGUCACCCAGCUGACCCGUGGCAGAACUGCAACCCAGGCCCCCUAAAUCCCAGCUCUGGGUGUCUUUCUGUACACUACACCACGAGCUGCCUGGGGAUUUGACUGACAGAGGUCCUUCCCAGGGUAGCUGAGCUCUGGUGCACCCUCUUGUCCAAAGCUCAGCCUCUACCACCUGGGGCCUCUUCCCCAGCCUCCAGCCUGGCCUCCUUGCUGGUCUCUCAUUUCUUCAUGGCAUGUGUGUGUGUGUGAGUGUGGUAGUGGUGGUGGGGGAUGAGGGAUGUGGGCCUGGGAAUUGGUUAGCUUGGAGAAAUAUUGUGGGGCCAUGUGGCCUUUCCGCUACAGUGGGAGGUGGAAACCUCCAGGCCUGGAACAUUCAGGGUGAAGGGGCCUGGGCACAGUGUGUGGUAGAACCAGAGAAAUUGCUAUUAGCAUCAGCGAGGUGGUAGCCCUGGCAAGCUUCGGGUAGCAGUCCCCCCCCCCCCCACUCUGUUCCAGCUGCUCUGCAGGGCAGCGUGGUGCGUGUGGGCUGCCCUGGCAGCAGUGGUGUGUGGGUGGGUGGGGUGCAGACCAGGCAUUGUAGCGUCUUGGGACCCUGCCCUCCAUGUGGCUAUUCAGCUUGGGGAAAGGACCCUCUUGACCAAGCUUCAUGUCUGGUUUCUGUCUGGGAGCAUGUGCGUGGUCACAUAUGUAUAUGUCCUUAGUUUCCAUGUUCCUGGGUCUGCCUGUGUGUGUGUGCGCGCGCGCGUGCGCAUGCGCGUGCAUGCCUGCUUGAACUACUGGGUAAUGGCUGACAGUGUGAGGUCCUGGAAUUCUCAAGCUAACACUAACUUUCAUGCUAUCCAGGCCCCACAUUCCAUCUCAGCCCCCUCUUAAUGCCACCAUUUCAGCGCCAUGGGGUGGGGUGACAGGGGGAUGCAGCAGUGGGGAGAGGCUUGGCCCUUUUCUGGUUCCCCUGUUGGGUUCAGCCCUGCCACAUGCGGGGGUGGGGUUCCAGUGUCUGACCUCUCACUCACACUGGGCCCCUGCCUCAUGCCCCCCGAUCCUCCCAGUAUGCCUGGUAUUCCAGGCCCCUGAGGGGCAGCAACCCUACAUCUCGCAUGGGGGAGGGGGAGGGUAAGGGGGAGGAAGGAAGGUCCCAUCAUGGAGCAUGUCCACAUGCCCAUCACUGCGCUGGACCUUUAUAUUCCUUCUGUCACGGAGUGAGAGACAGCUCCCUCCGAAAACUGACUAAAGUUGUGGCCUUCCAUCACGGCCGGGGAAAUUGGAAGCUGGCAGUAGGCACAAAAUUCUCCACUGUGCGGUGCCUUCCUCCAUGCACCUUCUUUUGCCCUAACCUGUGCCAGGCUCUAGGCAUCACUGGGUCCAGGCUGUGCACAUGCUACCCCCUCCAUGGUGACUCUGGCAGAGCCAGCAGGGAGUAAUAACACAGAGGGAUCAGAUUCCCCACUGGCUCAGCCCUGGGUUCCUUCCCAUCAUUUGGUCCCUGCUCCAGUCCAGAGGAGGCAGGCUAUGCACUCAGCGUGGAAGGCUGCUGCCUGCCAGGCCUGAGCACGCUGCUCCUUGGCAGGCUUCAGAAAUGGGGACUGACUCAGCCAGCGCCUCCUCCCUGAGUGAUGGGCCUUGUGGCAGGCAGGGUUCUCUGCCUGUCCCUGUGUCCAGCCGGUGCCUCUCUAAGGAGCUAUGUUGUGCCAACGUUCAGGGCAGAGGCUACUCUGUUUUCUGUGACCCCAGGAGUCCAACCAGUGUGGAUUCCUAAGAGCCUCUUAACCCCUAGGAAUCUGUUAACCCCUUCUGUACUUGCCUUGGCCUGAGUGUGGGGGAGGGGCUAGAGAUCCCUAUUUCCUCCUCUCCCACCCUCCCACCGCCAGGUCUCUGGAGGACUCUGGGCAGCCUGCUGGCUGCUCCCCUACCACUGACUGAAUCAUUUCUAUAUUUGGCCAGCGAGCCACGUGGGUGCGGGAACCACUGCGGCUGUACUUCUGACAGCUGGGGGCGGGGGGACGGAGGCGGGCAGGGGCUGCAGGCAGCAGAGGCUUCAGAGCUAAGGAAGGCACCCUCUGAGUGAGUAAGCCUGGAGUAGGGGCCUGUGCCAACCUCUCCCUCUCCCCCCACAUUCCAGUCCAGGUCCCCAUCUUCCCCUCCCCCCCCCGGACACCCUUUUUCUGCUGCUCCUCACAUCGGUCUUUUUUCCCACAGACCAGGUCAGGCUGGACUCACUGCCCUCCAGAAAUGACGGGUGUUGCUAGACCCAGCUGGAACCCUGCCAGGCUCCAGCACUCAGUUUAAGAGUACUCUUUAAGCCCUGGCAUCCCUGCCUGUCAUGGCCACGCUUGGCUGCUGCCCGCUUGUCUGGGGACACAGGGCACCCAGCCCCAGUCCUGAGAGGUUAAGCCAGGCCUUUUGGCUCCAUUCCACGGGGGCCUUUGGGGCACCAGGCCCCUUCCAGAGCAAGAGCAACUGAUGCCAUGGGAGAAGCUCCUGUCCACCCAUCCACCCACCUGGCACUGCCCGCUCUGAGACCCACAGGCUGGGUCCCACUGGAGGUACUAACCCUGUGAACCCCUCCCUGCCCCCCGACACUGAGAAGGCCCUGCCUACCCCCAACCAUGUGUGAGGUGAUGCCCACAAUCAACGAGGGAGACCCUCUGGGGCCCCCCCAUGGCGCCGAUGCUGACGCCAACUUUGAGCAGCUGAUGGUGAACAUGCUGGAUGAGCGGGAGAAGUUACUGGAGUCCCUGCGGGAGAGUCAGGAGACCUUGGCAGCCACACAGAGCCGGCUCCAGGACACCCUGCAUGAGCGGGACCAGCUCCAGCGCCACCUUAACUCUGCCCUCCCCCAGGAAUUUGCCACCUUAACUCGGGAGCUGAGCAUGUGUCGGGAGCAGCUUCUAGAGCGGGAGGAAGAGAUCUCAGAGCUGAAGGCAGAACGAAAUAACACAAGGCUGCUUCUGGAACAUCUGGAGUGCCUGGUGUCCCGCCAUGAGCGGUCACUGCGGAUGACAGUGGUGAAGCGCCAGGCCCAGUCACCUUCAGGGGUCUCCAGUGAGGUGGAGGUGCUAAAGGCUCUCAAGUCGCUGUUUGAGCACCAUAAGGCCUUGGAUGAGAAGGUGCGAGAGCGGCUCCGGGCAGCACUGGAGCGAGUUACCACCUUGGAGGAGCAGUUGGCAGGUGCCCACCAGCAGGUGUCUGCCCUGCAGCAGGGGGCAGGGGUUCAGGAUGGAGUGCCAGAAGAGGAGGGGACCGUGGAGGUGGCACCAAAAUGCCUGUGGAAGGAUGAGGCGGGCCGGGUGGAAGAGCUGCAGGAGCUCCUGGAGAAGCAGAACUUUGAGUUGAGCCAGGCCCGAGAGAGACUGGUCACCCUGACAGCAACUGUGACUGAACUGGAGGAGGACCUGGGCACGGCCCGCCGGGACCUCAUCAAGUCCGAGGAGCUGAGCAGCAAGCAUCAGCGGGACCUCCGUGAGGCUCUGGCCCAGAAGGAGGACAUGGAGGAGCGAAUCACUACACUGGAGAAGCGCUACCUGGCUGCUCAGCGCGAGGCCACAUCCAUCCAUGACCUCAAUGACAAACUGGAGAACGAGCUGGCCAACAAGGAGUCCCUACACCGUCAGUGUGAGGAGAAGGCCAGACACCUACAGGAGCUGCUGGAGGUGGCUGAGCAGAAGCUGCAGCAGACAAUGCGCAAGGCAGAGACACUGCCGGAGGUGGAGGCAGAGCUGGCCCAGAGAAUCGCAGCCCUCACCAAGGCUGAAGAACGCCAUGGGAACAUUGAGGAGCACCUGAGGCAGCUGGAGGGGCAGCUGGAGGAGAAGAACCAGGAGCUGGCAAGGGUGCGCCAGCGGGAGAAGAUGAACGAGGAUCACAACAAGCGACUGUCAGACACCGUGGACCGCUUGCUUAGCGAGUCGAACGAGCGCCUGCAGCUCCACCUGAAGGAGCGCAUGGCAGCCCUGGAGGAAAAGAACACGCUGAUCCAGGAGUUGGAGAGCUCCCAGCGGCAGAUCGAGGAGCAGCACCACCACAAGGGCCGCCUGUCUGAAGAGAUUGAGAAGCUGCGCCAAGAGGUGGACCAGCUGAAGGGUCGAGGGGGGCCCUUUGUGGAUGGCAUCCACUCCAGGUCGCACAUGGGCAGUGCAGCAGACAUGCGGUUCUCCUUGACCACAACCACCCACGUACCGCCUGGGCUGCAUCGCCGCUUCUCAGCACUUCGGGAAGAGCCUGCCAAGGACUGGGAGCCAUCUCCAGUGCCUGGGGUGCUGGCUCCCAAGGCCGCCGCUGCCUUUGAUAGUGACCUGGAGAUCUCCGAUGUGGAUGAAGAUGAGCCAGGGAGGCUGGUGGGCUCCGUGGAUGUUGUCUCUCCAAGUGGCCACUCUGAUGCCCAGACCCUGGCCAUGAUGCUGCAGGAGCAGCUGGAUGCCAUCAACGAGGAGAUCAGGAUGAUCCAGGAGGAGAAGGAGUCCACUGAGCUCCGCGCUGAGGAGAUUGAGACACAAGUGACCAGUGGCAGCAUGGAGGCCUUGAACCUGACACAGCUGCGCAAGCGUGCUUCCAUCCCCACCUCUCUGACAGCCCUGUCCCUGGCCAGCGCGUCCCCCCCGCUCAGCGGCCGCUCUACCCCGAAGCUUACCUCCCGCAGUGCUGCCCAGGACCUGGACCGAAUGGGGGUCAUGACCCUGCCCAGUGACUUAAGAAAGCAUAGGAGGAAGCUGCUGUCGCCAGUGUCUCGGGAAGAGAACCGAGAGGAUAAAGCCACCAUAAAAUGUGAGACUUCUCCUCCUUCCUCACCCAGGACGCUGCGGCUAGAGAAGCUUGGCCACCCAGCCCUGAGCCAGGAGGAAGGCAAGAGUUCCUUGGAGGAUCAGGGCAGCAACCCCAGCAGCAGCAACAGCAGCCAAGACUCCUUACACAAGGGCGCCAAGCGCAAGGGCAUCAAGUCAUCCAUCGGCCGUCUGUUCGGGAAGAAGGAGAAGGGCAGGCUGAUCCAGCUGAGUCGAGAUGGACCCACGGGCCAUGUUUUCCUAACAGACUCUGAGCCCAGUCUGCAGGAGCCCAUGGUGCCUGCCAAGCUGGGGCCUCAGGCAGAGAAGGACCGGCGAUUGAAGAAAAAACACCAGCUUCUUGAAGAUGCCCGCAGAAAGGGAAUGCCCUUUGCCCAGUGGGAUGGCCCUACUGUAGUCUCCUGGCUGGAGCUCUGGGUGGGGAUGCCUGCCUGGUACGUAGCAGCCUGCCGGGCCAAUGUCAAGAGUGGCGCCAUCAUGUCUGCCCUGUCGGACACAGAGAUCCAGCGGGAGAUCGGCAUCAGCAAUGCCCUGCACCGGCUCAAGCUCCGGCUGGCCAUCCAGGAGAUGGUGUCGCUGACCAGCCCUUCAGCCCCACCCACCUCCAGGACGUCUUCUGGGAAUGUCUGGGUCACCCACGAAGAGAUGGAAACUCUGGCAACAUCCACUAAAACAACUCUGGCCUAUGGGGACAUGAACCAUGAAUGGAUUGGAAACGAAUGGCUGCCCAGCCUGGGGCUCCCCCAGUACCGCAGCUACUUCAUGGAGUGCCUGGUAGAUGCCCGCAUGCUGGACCACCUCACCAAGAAGGACCUGCGGGUCCACCUGAAGAUGGUAGACAGCUUCCAUCGAGCCAGUCUUCAGUAUGGCAUCAUGUGUCUGAAGAGGCUGAACUAUGACCGCAAGGAGCUGGAGAAGAGGCGGGAGGAGAGCCAGCAUGAGAUCAAGGAUGUGCUGGUCUGGACCAAUGACCAGGUUGUUCACUGGGUGCAGUCUAUUGGGCUUCGGGACUAUGCAGGAAACCUGCACGAGAGCGGUGUGCACGGUGCCCUGUUGGCCCUGGAUGAGAACUUUGACCACAAUACUCUGGCCCUGGUCCUCCAGAUCCCCACGCAGAACACCCAGGCACGCCAGGUGAUGGAGAGAGAGUUCAACAACCUGCUGGCCUUGGGCACAGACCGGAAGCUGGACGACGGGGACGACAAGGUGUUCCGCCGCGCUCCCUCCUGGAGGAAACGCUUCCGGCCGCGGGACCACCACGGCGGCAUGCUCAGCGCCUCCGGGGAGACCCUCCCCGCCGCCUUCCGCGUGUCCACUCUGGGGCCCCUGCAGCCGUCACAAGCCCCGCCAAAGAAGAUCAUGCCUGAAGCUCACUCCCACUAUCUCUACGGACACAUGCUCUCCGCCUUCCGGGACUAGCCACGGCCCCCAGGGCCGGCUCCCUCCUCCUGGGCUUCCUGGCUCUGCAGGCCCUGACCCCUCCUGCUCGUUCCCCUUCCUCCCAGGGCUCCUAGUCUCGUCUGUGACUUUCCACUUGCCCUGGAUCUCAGAAUAUUCUCGUUCACCCCCUCGACAUCCUACUACCCCCAGGCCCACCCUGUGUCCUCUGUAAGUCUCUGGUGGACAUGGCUGGGGUGUGUCUAGUGUUGUGGAGGCACCCAGUUGUCCAUGCUUGGGGUUCAAGGGGAGGGAGAGGAUGGCAGCCCAGGGUCAGUGUGACUCCACCCUUUCUCUUCUGGACCUAGCCUGGUCUGGACCUCCACUGCCGCCAGGGACCAGGACCAAGUGCCAAGGGAAGGGAGUGGCCUUUCCAAGAAAAGGGUACUUCAGAUUCUGCUACUCUUGGGCUAUUCUGCCUUCUGGGUCCCUGACCACAUCCUGGAUGUGCCAGAUGGUCAGACAUCUGGUUUUGGCACCCCCAGUACUAUCCCUCCCCCAGCCCAUCUCCACAACUGCAGCUCUAGAAGGCAGAAGGUCACAUUCUCCCUCAGGGUGAUGAGGCUGGGGAGGAGAGAGACUGAAGUAGAGAUUCUAGGCCCUGGCUUAAGCUGAAUAUCAAGUGUGAGUUUGGGAAGAUUCAGAAGAAAUGGACCCCUGAGCUUUGGGCCAUGGGUGAGGAUGGGAAACUCUCAGCCCUCCCCACCCUCACCCAAUGAGAUGUGUAGGCAGGCCAGCCAGAGGGAGAGCCAAAGGGCUCAGGCAGCAUUAAGCCCUGAGGGUAGUGGGAAUGCCCUCUGCCCAAUCCUAGCAUGGAGCUGCUGCUGGGCUGAGGGGAGAGGAGACCAGGUCUAAGCAGAUACUGUUGACUGUGCUCCCAGCACCCAUUCCUUGCUGUCCUCCUCUGCCCCACUUCUUUAGUAGUCCCAGCCCCUUAAGAAUGAACCUGAUGGAUGUUUCAAAUAUACAUUAACCCUAAACUCAGAUCUGGGGAAAAGGUAGCCCAAGGCUUCCUUCCCUUGACCUCCCAGGAAGAAAAUAAAACUUCAGUGAGUCAUGUCCCAGUCCAGUAAAACCAGUAUUGCUGAGGGCAGUCACUCUUCCUGCUUGUCCCCAAGUCCUCCACCCCUUGUUCAGGGCUUUUUUGGUGUUCAGGGACUGGCUUUUCCAGGAAAUUUUGAGACCCUUCCGGCUUUUGUCAUUCUAAUUGCUUUCCCCAGCAGCGUGGUGGGAGCCGGGACAGGUAAUCAAGUCCUGGGUUGGUAAGAAUGAUCAUUCCCAAGAAAUCCCUCCUCCUUACCCACUCCCUCACCCUCUCAAGGUGCUUGGAGGUGUUUGGGACCCACGUGCAGUGUAGGUUGAUGGAACCCAGGGCUUCAUCCAAGUGAGAGGAGAAAACAAGCUUCUGGGCAUGUUUCUUGGAGAGGGGCCAGGGCAGUGCCAUCCUACAGGUGGCUGGAGCAGCUGGUUUGCAACCCGAUCGACUUCAGUUCUAAGUGUGGGGGUGAGGGAGCUAGGCUAGCAGGUGGAAUAAAGAGUCAGAGCACCCUGUCUGGAAGGAGUGCUGCAGCCUGGGGCUUAGGUCUUCUGAUGCUUCCGGUAGAGAGGGGCUCAACUCUGGUAUGGCUGGGUGGGCUUGUCCCUAGGCUCAGGUAGGGCCUUGGUCUCUCUCAUUGUACCGAACCUUCCCUGGCCAUCAAGCCUGUGGGAGUGGAGCUGGAGAAGUUAGCAGAAAACGAGUUGGAUAGAAAGACUUCUAUGGGUAAUGGAUGUUAAGAUUAUUGAGAGACCCCAAAUUCCUAAGAUUGGUGGAUUUGGGGACCACAAAACCAUCUGAAUUCUUCAGAGGACGCUUGGUGGGCUAGCUGUUUGGGAGAUCCAGCCCGAACCUCUCCUCUGCAGCUUACCCCUAUCAUGGUUGGUCAUGGCAUAAGGUAGAUGCUGGGGGGAACCGGGUCCACUCAAGGCAUCUUGGGAAAUAUUCCCAGGAGGUGAUGGAGAAGAGGAAUCUGUGCACACAGUGCUGGAAGGCUGUUGUCUUGGUGUAUCCCUUGCCUCAUAGUCAAUAUAUUUUUUGUUUGGAGAGUCACCAGUGACCCAAGCCCUCCUCACCAGCCUCCUGUAUCUCGUCAGGUCCCUUCUCAGUACUGUACUGGCUCAGUGCAUCAGGAAUGGGUGUGUGUGUGGGUGUGAGUGUGGGUGUGGGUGUACCAAUAAACAACCUGGUUUUAAGACAAUGUACAGUGGCCUCCCGUCUUUUUGUUCUUCUUGUUGUUAACUUUGAGCUCCCCUGAUGUGUUUAGCUUCUCUGAUAGUCCUGAGAGCUGUUGUACGCUGGGAAGUAAAUAUCAGAGCUUUAAAAAACAUAUAGUUAAUAACUUCUUUGUUUACUUAGACAACUGUGGGAUCGAUAGAGAGGUUCAUGUUUGGGUUGCUGGUGCUAAGGGAGUAGAGGAAGAGAUGAAGGAGCCAGGAGCCCUGACUGCUGGGCUUGAUGUGUUUCCUCCUCUUCAUCUCUGCUUACCUGUCAUUCUUUCCUCUUACCCUUUCGUUCUGCUCUUGGAGUGACAGCUCCUAGGCAUGUCACUGCACUGUUCAAACUUUUUAUUUUUUUGACAUUGGUUACAUUACUCACGAUGUGCAACCAUCAAGUUCACACUCUUUCAGCAGCUCCUCACCAGCUCUAGAUCAGAGGUCCAACUCCUUGGUGGGGUGUAAGAAGCCAUUCAUGACUUGGCUCCUGGGCCCUCUCUGGGCUCCUUCCGCUCUCACAUCUGCCAAACUCAGAAACAUUAUGUCUAGACAGCCCCAUCACCAGGAGGCAGCAGGAUUUCUUCUUUCCUUGCCUUUGCAGCUGUAAACCUUUGAGACCCACUUCAAGCAUCUCCUGGGAGUCAUUCCCCGCCCUCCCCAGCAGAAUUCAAAAACAGCAGCCCUUUGCUCCCCUAAGGGUGCUCUAUGCACACUGUAAAUAUUGUGUGGUAAUUGUCUCAUUGUCUGUUUUCCACACUGGGCUGUGAGGAAGCUCCUUUAGGUCAGUGUCCAUAGACGUAUGUUCUCAAAUGAGUAAACAAACAAACCUAUCUCAGAAGGUUGUUAUAAGGAUUAUUAUUAAUAAAAGCUAAAAAUUAGUGAAUACUACUAUAUGGAUACAAACUACAGUAUACUAAUUCGUUUAAUCUUCACAACAACCCUGUGAUGUAAGUAUUAUAAUCACUGUUUCACAGGACAGGAAAUUAUAAAGCUACAAGCACACAGCUGGUAAGACACAAAAUCCAAAAACCAAACCCAUUGCCGUGGAGUCGAUUCUGACUUAUGGUGACCCUGUAGGACGGUAGAACUGACCCAUAGGGUUUCCAAGGAGCAGCUGGUAGAUUUGAACUGCUAACCUUUUGGCUAGCACCUGAGCUGUUAACCACUGUGCUUCCAGGGCUCUGGCAAGACACAUGGGGGUCUCAAACCUAGGUCUUCCU